CAAUAAACAACGACUAGCCAAUUUCAUGCCACAAUCACAAAGACGAACAGGAACGCUAUGAAUGCUCCGAGACCAGAAGUGACGUAAAACGUGCAACUCGGAAGGAUGGCGUCCGAGGAGUCAGGAACACUAAGCUCCACCCCUCUGGCUGUGAGCACCGCCCAUCCACCUAUGAGCCCCGCCCAACCGGCUGUGAGCCCCGCCCUGGCGCGCAGAGGGUGGUGCCGCCAUCUAGUGGCCGUUCGGAUCCACUGCAGCAGUACUUCCGGACUGGUGGCCCCCCUCCGCUCCGAGCUCAGAUCGCUGCCUGGACUCACAUGUGAACGUCCGUCCGUCCGGCCGACCUGGGAAUGAAAUACAUCUGAGCGAGAGAAGUUAACAUCAUCACCUUCAGCAGGACACCUUAAGAAUGGGAGCCAACGAAGAGAAAGGCGGGGCUUGUGGGACCAUCUUCCUGAAGUAUCUGCUGUUCACGUUCAACUUCCUGUUCUGGCUGGCGGGGGGCGUGGUGAUGGGCGUGGGCGUCUGGACGCUGGUGGAGAAGAGCGAGUACAUCAGCCUGCUGCCCUCCAAGACCUACGCCGCCUCCGCCUACAUCCUGGUGCUGGCCGGCGCCAUCGUCAUGGUGACGGGCGUGCUUGGAUGCUGCGCCACCUUCAAGGAGCAGCGGAGGCUGCUGCGAGUGGUGAGGGAGGCCCUCUAUACACACACGCACGCACACACACAUCUAUAUACAUGCUGUCCAUACAUACGCGUGUCUGUUUGUGUUUCUAAACCCAUUUAUUAAUAUACUUCAAAUAAAUGGUUAACUGUAGGAUCUUUGCCUAAAAUGCUCAACGCCCCGUGG